UUUGGGGGUUUUCUGAUCAGUCUGGGAACCAUCAGCUCUGCUUUCGUCUCCUCCAUCAACGAGAUGUACGUCACCAUCGGCAUCGUCUCAGCAGUCACCACGACAACAAGCCUGAGUGACCUAUCAACCCUGACCUCUGACAUCAGAGUGACCUGUCCACCCUGACCUCUGACCCCAUGACCUUGCCGCAGUGCCAUUGGCUGUCACACCCCUCUGUGUGUCCUCUGCUGGACCAAUGAUGUGUAUAUAUCUAAGACAUGGACUGAAACGUGAAAGCGGCAGCGGCAUUUUGCACUGUGACUGUAUUCACUUUGUAAACCUUAUUUGACAUGAUCUUGAUGACAAGGUACUCCUGUAAUCCUGUUUUCAUGUUGUUUGCUUUUAUGUUAAUCAUGUGAUUUCCAGAUUGCGUCAACAAUAACAUGUUGUCAUUUUGUAAUGUGUCCAGGUCUGGGGUACUGCCUGACCAUCCUGCCCACCAUCACCAUCCUGUCUCAGUACUUCAACAGGAGGAGGUCCCUGGUCACCGCCCUGGCCUCCUCAGGGGAGUCCUUUGCCAUGUUUGCCUUCGCACCAGCCUUCAUGGCCUUGAAGGAGACCAUCGGCUGGCGCCGCUGCUUCAUUGUCAUCGGUCUCAUGCAGGCCUCCGUGAUUGGCUGCGGCGCUCUGCUUCGACCAAUCAUCAUCAGACCUGACCAGGAAGUGUCCGGGGAGGUGUCCAAUAAGGAGAAGCUGUCCGUUAAGUUGCAGACGAUCUACGAGCUGGAAAAUGAGGACACCCAGACCAACGUUAGCUCUGAGGAGUCUGAGGAGUCAGGGGAUUCCGGGGUCACCUCUCUGUCUGCCUCCAGUGCUGACCUCCGGGCCACCACAGCCACACAGGACCCCUCUGAGACCCGGGCCCUCAUGGAGGACCAGGGGGAGGAGAACCAGGGUGGACAGGCAACCCUUGGAACCCCACUGAAUCAGCUGGAGGCUGGGGAGAAAGAGCAGGGUGAGGUGGGUCCCCUUGUCCAACCCUCCAGACCUAAACUCCUAGACCUUUCAGUGUUAAACGAUGGAGCGUUCAUCUGCUAUUCUCUGUUUGGCCUCUUCGCCACGCUGGGGUUCUUCGCCCCGUCACUUUACAUCAUAGAACUCAGUAAGAGCCGCGGCGUCCACCCAGAAAAGUCGGCCUACAUGCUCUCUGUAAUGGCGGUGUCCGAGGUCUGCGGGCGCCUGUCCAUCGGGGUCAUUUUAAACAAGGUGCGGAUGCGUAAGACCCAUGUGCUUCUGGGAUGUGUAGUUCUGCUGUGUCUGGUGCUGCUUGCCUUCGCCCUGGUGACUGAGUUCUGGGGCCUGGCAGCCUGCUGCUGUCUCUAUGGCUUCCUGAUGGGCACCGUGGGUUCUACCCACAUCCCCAUGCUGGCAGAGGAUUACGUGGUGGGCAUAGAGAGGAUGCCCUCGUCGGUGGGGGUCUAUGUGUGUAUCCAGAGCUUUGCUGGGCUGGCCGGACCACCGCUGGGGGGCCUGUUGGUGGACAAGACCCAGAACUAUGGCUCAGCCUUCUACUCCUGUGCUGUGGGAAUGGGCCUGGGCGCCAUCUUCCUCGCCAUGGUGGGGCCUGCCAAGUCUGGCCUCUGCCACCGCGGGAAGACGAGACAACAGGAGGAGGAGGAAGGAGAGGAGGAGGAAGGAGAGGAGGAGAGAGGAGAAGAGGAGGAGGAGAAGGUUUCUCAGGACAGUGGAUCAACUGAUUAUUUAGAUGUUGAUCUGGUUGUGGCGACCAGUCCUGCUAAAUGGUCCCCAGAACAGGAGACCAACGUGGUCUGAACGCUGUCUGAACGCUGUCUGAACGCGGUCUGAACGCUGUCUGAACGCGGUCUGAACGCUGUCUGAACGCGGUCUGAACGCGGUCUGAACGCUGUCUGAACGCUGUCUGAACGCGGUCUGAACGCGGUCUGAACGCUGUCUGAACGCGGUCUGAACGCGGUCUGAACGCGGUCUGAACGCUGUCUGAAAGCGGUCUGAACGCGGUCUGAACGCAGUCUGAACACGGUCUGAACGCUGUCUGAACGCGGUCUGAACGCGGUCUGAACGCGGUCUGAACGCUGUCUGAACGCGGUCUGAACGCGGUCUGAACGCGGUCUGAACGCUGUCUGAACGCGGUCUGAACGCGGUCUGAACGCGGUCUGAACGCGGUCUGAACGCUGUCUGAUCGCUGUCUGAUCGCUGUCUGAACGCGGUCUGAACGCGGUCUGAACGCUGUCUGAACGCGGUCUGAACGCUGUCUGAACGCGGUCUGAACGCGGUCUGAACGCUGUCUGAACGCGGUCUGAACGCUGUCUGAAAGCGGUCUGAACGCGGUCUGAACGCGGUCUGAACGCUGUCUGAACGCGGUCUGAACGCGGUCUGAACGCGGUCUGAACGCUGUCUGAACGCUGUCUGAACGCGGUCUGAACGCUGUCUGAACGCUGUCUGAACGCGGUCUGAACGUGGUUGAAUAGAACACAACCAGGUCUCUGGUAAAACAAGUCUCAACUCAACGACCUGGUUCAAUAAAGGUUCAAUGAAGAAAUACAUGACGGCGUUUUGCCGACCGUCACCUCACUGACCGACCAAUGAGAACCUCGACCACUAGAUACUCACAGGUGGUUAGAAUGGAGAACAGACACCCAACCAUCUAGCAAGUAAGAGAACACACACCCUGUCAACAUGCUACUGAGGGACUGAAAGCUGGACAAACACCUCUGUGGUACAGAAUGUAUACACACACACACACACACACACACUGUCAACAUGCUACUGAGGGACUGAGAGCUGGUCUAACACCUCCGUGGUACAGAAUGUACACACACACACACACAGCUGUGACCUGUUGACCCUCUGAGAUGUCGUUCACAUUGAAUUGCAGCGAACAACGGUCUUCGGUGAAUUCCUAUUGACCACGUCUCUCUCCUCAGAGUCAACCAAACUCCAUGCAUGGCUGAGACACAGGCUUUUAACAUGAUUACCGCUCUGUCAGUAGUUGAUAUAACCAUGAUAUGACCUCUCUGUUCAUAGUUAUAACCAUGAUAUGACCUCCCGGGUUCAUAGUUAUAACCAUGAUAUGACGUCUGUUCAGUUAUAAACAUGAUAUGACCUUCCGGGUUCAUAGUUAUAACCAUGAUAUGACAUCUGUUCAGUUAUAACCAUGAUAUGACCUCCCGGGUUCAUAGUUAUAACCAUGAUAUGACAUCUGUUCAGUUAUAAACAUGAUAUGACCUUCCGGGUUCAUAGUUAUAACCAUGAUAUGACAUCUGUUCAUAGUUAUAACCAUGAUAUGACCCCUCUGUUCAUAGUUAUAACCAUGACAUGACCUCUCUGUUCAGUUAUAACCAUGAUAUGACCUCUCAGGUUCAUAGUUAUAACCAUGACAUGACCUCUCGGGUUCAUAGUUAUAACCAUGAUAUGACCUUUCUGUUCAUAGUUAUAACCAUGAUAUGACGCCUGUUCAGUUAUAACCAUGAUAGGACCUCUCGGGUUCAUAGUUAUAACCAUGAUGACUGUUCCUCAGUCUCAAACCCUCAGUUGAUGCCAAAGGCCUGGUAGUAACAGGCAAAGUCCUGUCUUUAUAUUGAUGACUAUUAUUAUGGUUGAAUCUGAAUGACUACUGUUAUCCAAACACAAGACCACCACAGUAUUCUGCACAGCCUGUACACAAUAUGUUUUCCUCAGCAGUCUACUUCAUGUACCUAUGUGAUAUAAAAGUACCAAAUACGACUGUAGGUGAAACUAAGAUGUAUGGAUUACAGUGUGAAUGACUAGCUGUUUCAAUUAUGUGGAUCACGACUUUACCUGUCAGUCAAUCAAACAAACAAUCAAAGCUUUUAUUUAUACUGUGUUUAUUUUAAAAAUAUAUAUAAAUGCAUUUUGAAGUGCUUGCAGCCUGCCAAGGCCACAGUGACAAGACACAACUUCCUAGGUAGGUAGAGGUGGAGAUUCGACUACAAAAUAAUUGAUUCGUCGACUCCUUGAUCGUCGACUCCAAAACAUCCUGGAGUCUUUCACUACUAUGUAGGUAGGUAAAAACGAUGAGACAAGGAGUGACUGUCAGUCACUCAGACCUCUUGCACUGAGAUGCAGGGUCUUAGACCGCUGGGCCACUGGGGAAUUUCUAUCAUCUCUGCUGCAACACUCACUGCUGAUCAGCUUUUUUAAUUGAUUAAAUUGAUUUGUUUAUAACAAAUGAACUUUGAA